AUGGAGGAUCUAAAGCUUUUAUUUAUGUCAGCGAUUACUAGCCACAUCUUGUCUGAUGUUCUACCACCAAGGGUGUCAGAGAUUACUAGCCACAGCUUGUCUGAUGUUCUACCACCAAGGGUGUCAGAGAUUAUUAGCCACAUCUUGUCUGAUGUUUUACCACCAAGGGUGUCAGCGAUUACUAGCCACAUCUUGUCUGAUGUUCUACCACCAAGGGUGUCAGAGAUUACUAGCCACAGCUUAUCUGACAUUCUACCACCAAGGGUGUCAGAGAUUACUAGCCACAGCUUGUCUGAUGUUCUACCACCAAGGGUGUCAGAGAUUACUAGCCACAGCUUGUCUGAUGUUCUACCGCCAAGGGUGUCAGAGAUUAUUAGCCACAUCUUGUCUGAUGUUUUACCACCAAGGGUGUCAGAGAUUACUAGCCACAGCUUGUCUGAUGUUCUACCGCCAAGGAUGUCAGAGAUUACUAACCACAGCUUGUCUGAAGUUCUACCGCCAAGGGUGUCAGAGAUUACUAGCCACAGCUUGUCUGAUGUUCUACCGCCAAGGAUGUCAGAGAUUACUAGCCACAGCUUUUCUGAUGUUAUACCACCAAGGGUGUCAGAGAUUACUAGCCACAGCUUGUCUAAUGUUCUACCACCAAGGGUGUCAGAGAUUACUAGCCACAGCUUGUCUGAUGUUCUACCACCAAGGGUGUCAGAGAUUAUUAGCCACAGCUUGUCUAAUGUUCUAUCACCAAGGGUGUCAGAGAUUACUAGCCACAGCUUGUCUAAUGUUCUACCACCAAGGGUGUCAGAGAUUACUAGCCACAGCUUGUCUGAAGUUCUACCACCAAGGGUGUCAGAGAUUAUUAGCCACAGUCUGUCUGAUGUUCUACCACCAAGGAUGUCAGAGAUUUAUAGCCACAGCUUGUCUGAAGUUCUACCACCAAGGGUGCACUUAAUCCCAUUUGGCGAGAAGAUUUGA